CCGGGAGCGGGGCCGGGAGCGGGGCCGGGAGCGGCGGCAGGAGCACCCACAGCCCCUUCCCGCGGGCAGGGAUCGGCCUCCCCAGCGCGCCCGGGAACGGCGGCAGUCCCCUUCCCGCGGUCUGGAGCCCAAUUUUUGGAAACUUGCAGAUCUGCUAUAAGCAACAAGUUUAGAGAUGUAAAAUCUCCACAAAUAAUGCUGAAUGACGAUUUAAACUGAACAAUUAAGGUCUAGGAAAUCAGGAGGAUCUCUUCCUCUAACAAUGGCAGCAAAAUCAUCACUCCUUAAAGUAAUAUUGCUGGGAGAUGGUGGAGUUGGAAAGAGUUCGCUGAUGAACAGAUAUGUCACCAACAAAUUUGAUGCACAGUUGUUUCAUACAAUAGGUGUGGAAUUCUUAAAUAAAGAGUUGGAAGUCGAUGGACAUUUUGUUACAAUGCAGAUAUGGGACACAGCAGGUCAGGAACGAUUUAGGAGCUUGCGGACUCCUUUCUAUAGAGGUUCUGACUGUUGCCUGCUAACCUUCAGCGUGGAUGACUCUCAAAGCUUCCAAAACUUAAGCAACUGGAAGAAGGAAUUCAUUUACUAUGCAGACGUCAAGGAGCCUGAAAGCUUCCCUUUUGUGAUACUGGGUAACAAAGUUGAUAUUGAUGAAAGGCAAGUGUCUACAGAAGAAGCCCAAGACUGGUGCAGGAAUAAUGGCAACCAUCCCUAUUUUGAAACCAGUGCAAAAGAUGCCACUAAUGUUGCAGCAGCCUUUGAAGAAGCUGUUAGAAGAGUUCUAGCCUCUGAAGAUAGAUCAGAUCACUUUAUUCAAACAGAUACAGUAAACCUUCAUCGGAAACCGAAACCCAGUUCAUCUUGUUGUUGACUUAAAUUUCUUUUUGCCAAAUUACUGUUGACUAGCUUGCUCUAUAAAUUAAUUGGGAAGGUGUAGUAGAUAAAAUAACAAGUGGGUUUCACUCUAAUAUUAAAAUUGUAAUAUUCUGCUGCUUUCAUGGGGGAGGAAAAAAAAUCUCCAUUCAUGAGUGACCUGUUACUGAAUUAGUGACACUUUCUGUUUAGGAAGAUGUCAAGUAAAAACAUAAUAUAAGAAUGUAAUUUGCCAACUUUACUCAAAUGAUAAAUACUUUGAAUAUAAUUAAAACUUGAAAGUUCUGGAAGCACUACUUUGGAGAAACUGUUCUGGAAUUCAGGCACAAAGAUACUUUUAUAUGUGUAUAUUUUUAUGAAAUCAGCAUUCCACUUUUGUUUCAUUAGACAUCAGAUUCUUAACAAUGCUAGAUAUUAAACUUCAGUCUCACUACAUUCCUUUUGCUGUGAGUGGUACUUCAUCUCUAAAGUGUUUAAUAUAAGUUAACAUAAAUUACCUCCAGGUCUUCUAAUUGCCUAAUGUUGCUGUAAUUUGUGUAGGUUUUUAAGUAGGAAAUAAAUUUCCUACAGAUUCAGUGUUCAUUUUCUUUUCAUUUACUCUUCUAAUGCUGCACUAAUUUUUCCAGCAGUUUAAUUCAAAAUACUGAUGAUUUUUAAAGCUAAUGUGUCUGCCUUAAGUCCAUUCUGGCAUUUCUGAUUAAUAAGGUGAAAAAUCUGAGUAACUUAAGUAUAAACAUUUUUCGAAAAAGAAAUGCUUUAUUCAGUCAGCUUUAACAGCACUUGAAAGGAUCCACAUUAUGACAUUUUUUAGGAAAAUUUUUAGUGUACAGCCUUAAUGUUCCAAACCUCUUGUUCCUAUUAACCUGAGCUAUGAAUGUGUUGACCAGUAAUAACCUGCACUGUGAAACUAAGGAUUGGCAAUAUGUAGAGAACUCAGGAAGCUUACAGUGGAUUUUGACAGCGUUCAGUGUAAUACAAGUAUAUAACUAUAGAUAGUGUUUGAGCUGAAUUUGAUCCUUAUUUAAAUUGCUAUUUUAGGAUAUGGACUUGUACAUUUAAGAUAAUAUCUUUUUUAUUAUUGAACUCAUAAUGACGAACAGGAGCAAAUUCUGUAUUUAAUGAAGUCUUUUUUGCAGUCAUGCAGACAAAACCACAGAAAAUGUAUUUGAGGCUUUCAGUUGCAGUUUGUGAUAGAAUACUUCUGUGAGAAAUUGUUCAAUAUUGGCCCUCAGAGUAACCACUGUCCUUGCAGUAGCAAAACUGAUAGUGCACUGUUGCUUCUAUCUGGAAUUGACUGCUAAGAGGCACACAUGUACACAUGUUGUGGACUGAAAAAGGAAGUCUGAGGCCUGUAGGACAGGCCAUGUUAUUCAUUACACAACUGCUUUCUGUACAGCAACUUUUUUGUUCCAAUAGAAAAGCCUUUCUUGAGAGUAUGAUACCAGCAAGCAUUUUCUCUUGAAGUAUCUGAUCAGUCUGUACCAGGUGUACUUAUUUGGAAGUAAAGCUUGCAAAAACAAACCCUCCUUGUCACUCUUAGUACACUUUUCUGAAUGUAUUGUAUUCUUGAUUGAACUUGUCCAGUGCAACUUUACUCUGUAGAUCUGCUACUCCUGCUUAAAAGUGACAUCAUCUUACCUUUUGUGCAUUUCUAAGGCUGAUUCAUUCUUGCAGUCCUGCAUAUACAGCAACAGAACUGUGUUUUAAGCUUCAGUCACUGAGCAGCUAAAUACAGGUUGAACUGCUACUUCUGUUAUGUUUAAUUUCUAGUCAAUGAAUGAUCUGUGAAGAAAAUCGUAGCUAAAUGGCUCCUAAUCUUAGUAUGAGAGAACAAAAAGCUUUAGAAAUGAAGGUUGUUUGCAUUAGGGGCCACUAAGCCAGUGACAUGAAAUUGUUGUACAACUACUACCUUACUACUAAACGCUUCCUUUAACAUUCAUUUUAGCAGAGCUUAAGGUUGAAACAAAAUAGGAGCUGAAGAUACUGUGACUAGAGUAUAUGACUGUAGAUAUCCUUAAUUUUUUCCUUUUAGCAAUUUUAUUUGAAUGAUGAGAACCACUGUGGUCUUUCUUGUGCCCAGGCAUCCAUCUGUGUCUUCCCAUCUGUCCCCUUUCCACGUAACAUCAUGGUUACCAAGCCUCCAUCUGAGAAUUAGGCUUAAUAAAGUUAAAUAAAACAUCA